AAAAUUAAAAUGCUAAAGUGAUAAUCACAGGUAGAUUUAGAUUAAAAAAAACAAAAAAAAAAAACGGUUGCGAUGGGAGAUAAAGUUACCGGAAAAGCAGAGGAGAAGCCGAAAAACGACGGGCCUCCGCUUGAUCGCCCCGUACGCGUCUACGCCGAUGGAAUCUACGAUCUCUUCCACUUCGGCCACGCUCGUUCCCUCGAACAAGCGAAGCUCUCGUUUCCCAAUACGUAUUUGCUGGUUGGAUGCUGCAAUGAUGCCACUACGCAUAAGUACAAGGGAAAGACUGUUAUGAAUGACGCUGAGCGAUAUGAAUCCCUUCGUCAUUGCAAGUGGGUGGAUGAGGUUAUCCCUGAUGCUCCGUGGGUAAUUAAUCAAGAGUUUCUUGACAAGCACCGUAUCGAUUACGUGGCUCAUGAUUCUCUUCCUUAUGCAGAUACUAGCGGAGCUGGAAAUGAUGUUUAUGAAUUUGUGAAAGCUGUUGGACGAUUCAAGGAGACUAAAAGGACUGAUGGAAUUUCAACUUCAGAUGUCAUUAUGAGGAUAGUGAAGGAUUAUAACCAAUAUGUGAUGCGCAAUUUAGACCGUGGGUAUUCAAGGAAGGACCUUAAUGUCAGCUACGUUAAGGAAAAGCGACUGAGGGUGAAUAUGAGACUGAAAAAGUUGCAAGAGGUUGUCAAGGAACAACAAGAAAAAGUGGGAGAAAAGAUACAAACUGCAGCGAAAACAGCCGGCGUGAAUCCCAAUGUGUGGGUCGAAAAUGCUGAUCGAUGGGUUGCUGGGUUUCUUGAGAUGUUUGAGGAACGUUGCCAUAAAAUGGGGACAGCCAUUAGAGAUCGUAUUCAAGAGAGUUUAAGGGGACAGCCGGCAUUGGAGUAUGAGACCAGCAGUGCAGAGGAGGAUGAUGUCUAUGGAGAUGGUGAUGAGUAUUACUAUGACGGUGGAGACCUCAACGACGAGGAGGAAUACUACGAAAGUGAUCUCAAAUGUGAUGACAAAACCUAAGCCAAAUGAUGUGUAAGUUAAACUGUUGGUUGAUGCAGCAAGGUACAACCUGCAUACUAAUCAACUUGUAUAAACUAUUCUAGGAUUUUUUUUUUUCUUGUUGCUGUAUUUUGUUCGUUUUGUUUUUCGUUCUUUAAAGCCAUUCUUUCGUCUAGAACUCAGCCUCUGGCGAAUCAUAUAGUUUUAUACUGGUAAGGUUGGAAAGGAAACUGUAUAUGCUUAUGAAACUUAGUUUGUAUUUGGUGUUUA